AACUCCCUCUGGGCUGCAACGUAAAAUUUCACCGUCCGACCUUCUCUUCUGAUUUGAAGUAGCGUUGGUCAUAGCUUAUCAUUUCCUAAUCGCCGCUCGUCGGUCCCGAAGGAACAAUCCACCCUCCCCGCGCACAUCAGCUUCGACACACAAGCCAACUUUACCCUCACCUCUUCUCACCUCUCACACCACCCCAUCAUGCCACAACCAUUGAGUUCUAAGGACGCAUCCUUAUUCCGCCAGGUGGUUCGCCACUAUGAGAAUAAACAACACAAGAAGGGUAUCAAAACCGCGGAGCAGAUUCUUCGGAAAAACCCCAAUCAUGGCGAUACCCUGGCGAUGAAGGCAUUGAUAAUGAGCAAUCUGGGUCAGCAAGAAGAGGCUUUUGCGCUGGCCAAGGACGCUCUCAAGAACGACAUGAAAUCGCACAUUUGCUGGCAUGUUUACGGAUUGCUAUAUCGAGCGGAGAAGAACUACGAGGAGGCAAUUAAGGCAUACAGAUUCGCAUUGAGAAUUGAACCCGAGUCUCAGCCGAUCCAACGCGACCUGGCCCUGCUUCAGAUGCAAAUGCGGGAUUACCAGGGGUAUAUCCAGAGCCGAAGCACUAUGCUCCAGGCUCGACCCGCUUUUCGACAGAACUGGACCGCUUUGGCUAUCGCACACCACUUAGCAGGAGACCUGGAAGAGGCGGAGAAGGUGUUGACGACGUACGAGGAGACACUGAAAUCUACGCCGCCCCUCUCCGACAUGGAACACUCGGAGGCCGUAUUGUACAAAAACAUGAUUAUGGCAGAGGCAGGCAAGCUUGAGAAGGCCUUAGAGCAUCUCGAGGCCGUGGGACACAGGAUUACGGAUGUGCUGGCCGUUAUGGAGAUGAAGGCGGACUAUCUUCUGCGCCUUGACAGGAAGGCUGAAGCGGAGGCUGCGUACACCGCCCUUCUUGAUCGCAACCCCGAGAACUCGACUUAUUAUGAUGCUCUGAUCAGAGCUAAAGGUAUUCCCGACAGCGACCACAAGGCUCUAAAGGCUGUGUAUGACUCUUGGGUGGAGAAGAACCCCCGAGGCGAUGCCCCUCGUCGAAUUCCCUUGGACUUCUUGGAGGGCGACGAUUUCAAGCAAGCUGCUGAUGCUUACUUGCAGCGUAUGCUCAAGAAAGGUGUUCCCUCGCUCUUUGCGAACAUCAAGUCCCUGUACUCCAACACAUGGAAACGUAACACGGUUCAGGAGCUGGUGGAAGGCUAUGUUUCUGUACCUCAGUCGAACGGCUCUGCGGAGGGUGAGACGAACGGCGACAACACGGAUUUCCUUUCUUCCUCCCACUAUUUCCUUGCGCAGCACUACAACUAUCACCUCAGCCGCAACUUGACCAAGGCCACGGAACAUGUCGACAAGGCUAUCGAGCUGGCUCCUAAAGCCGUAGAAUAUCAGAUGACUAAGGCCAGGAUAUGGAAACAUUAUGGUAAUCUCGAGAAAGCGGCGGAGGAGAUGGAGAAGGCUAGAAAGUUGGAUGAGAAGGAUCGUUACAUCAAUUCCAAGGCUGCCAAGUAUCAACUUCGCAACAAUAAUAACGACAAGGGACUUGAGAACAUGAGCAAGUUUACUCGGAAUGAGACUGUUGGUGGUGCAAUGGGUGAUCUUCAUGAGAUGCAGUGUGUCUGGUAUUUGACUGAGGACGGCGAGGCAUAUCUGCGCCAGCAGAAACUUGGACUUGCGCUCAAGCGCUUCCACGGGGUAUACAAUAUCUUUGACACCUGGCAAGAGGACCAGUUCGACUUUCAUAGCUUCUCAUUGAGGAAGGGCAUGAUUAGAGCAUAUGUCGACAUGGUUCGCUGGGAGGAUCGACUGCGCCAGCAUCCCUUCUACACUCGCGUGGCCCUUUCCGCCAUCAAGGCGUACCUGCUCCUCCAUGAUCACCCAGAUCUUGCUCAUGGUCCGUUGCCCAACGGUGCUGGCGGUAAUGUCGAUAGUGCUGAGCGGAAGAAGGCUCUUAAGAAGGCCAAGAAGGAACAAGAGCGACUGGAAAAGAUUGAGGCCGAUAAGAUAGCAGCACGGAAAGCAGCAAGCACCAAGGGUGGUGAUGGUGAAGUGAAGAAGGAGGACCCUGAUCCGCUUGGCAACAAGCUCGUCCAGACUCAGGAUCCGCUCAAGGAGGCCACGAAGUUUUUGACUCCGCUCCUCGAGUUCAGCUCUAAUAACAUUGAAGCCCAAAACCUUGGAUUUGAGGUCUAUCUUAGGAGAGGUAAAUAUGCACUUGCGCUCAAAUGCCUCUCGGCAGCUCAUGCAAUUGAUCCUUCCAACCCCACCCUUCAUAUUCAACUCCUUCGUUUUCGCAAGGCACUGGACAGCCUCUCCGAGCCACUGCCAGCUCAAGUGGCUGAGGUGGUGAAUUCCGAAUUUGAGACUCUUCUUCCAAAGGCCCAGAAGCUUGAAGAGUGGAACGAGUCUUAUCUUUCGACGCACAAGGACAGCGCUCCCCACACACAUGCCGCCCUGACAUGCCGCCACCUACUGAAUGCCGAGUCAAAGGCACAGUGUGAAAAGGAUCUUACCGCAACCCUCGAGUCGCAGGUUGAAACUAUUGAAACAGCUCUUGCCGGUCUGCAAUUGUUGGACAGGUGGGGCAGUGACCAGGCUGCAAAGACCGCUUACGCCGAAAAGGCCAAGAGCAAGUGGCCUGAGUCGUCGGUGUUCCAGCUGAGUUAAGAGAUGAAAUCGUUGGGGCAAGGCUACCACCAAACUUUCUCUCUUCCAUUACCUUCCAACAACAGGGAAUAUUCUCUAGUUGAGUUGGUUUUCCAAAUCUGAGUAUAGAAGUCAAGAUAUUUACGGCCUAAAUUAAGAUGGAGAUGGAGUUAAACUGCUAUAGCAACGAAAAAGAAACAAGCCGCUCGAAUCUAUUGAUACAACCUAUCAAUCUAUCUGAACGCGUGGAGAUGAUGUACCAGUACUAGUAUAGCUGAG